AUGACCAAGAAGAAACGUCAUCAUCCCGAUGUCGAAGAGAUCCUCUCGCGGCCAUGGUGUUACUAUUGUGAACGCGACUUUGACGAUCUCAAAAUCCUGAUCAACCAUCAAAAGGCGAAACAUUUCAAGUGCGAAAAAUGCGGGCGACGUCUGAACACUGCUGGAGGAUUGAGCGUCCAUAUGAGCCAAGUCCACAAAGAAAACCUCACUGCGGUUGACAAUGCCCUCCCUAACCGGGCUGGCCUGGACAUCGAAAUCUUUGGCAUGGAAGGCAUUCCGGAGGACAUUGUUCAACAACAUGCGCAGCGCGUCCUGGCCGCCUAUCACCAAACCCAAGCUGAGCGGCAGGCAGCAGGUGCGAAGCCUGCUGCAGGGGGUCAUGGUCCCAAUGCACCCAAGAAACCAAAACUGGAGUCGGUGUCAGAGCUCAAGAAACGUUUGGCCGAGCAUAAGGCGGCGAAACUGGCCGCCGAGCAGGAGAAUGGGGGCAGCAGUCGAGGCGAUACACCAAACCCUCCUGCGUCAGGGCAGAACCAGCCCCAGACAACUUCGGCCGCCUCUCCAACCUAUCCUGGCUACCAGCAAACAUACACUGCACCAUCUACAAAUGGUUCGUACAGUCAACCUCCUUCCUUCACCCAAGCUCCAGCUCCAGCUGCCACUCCUUAUCAAGCGGCAAGUAAUUUCCCUACUGCUGGGUCGCCUCCUGUGGUAGGUUAUGCGCAGGCUUCAACGCCGCAGCCCGGAGUACCAGUCUACGGACAAAUUCCUACUGUGGCAUAUCCACCCCAACCGUAUGCUCAGCCACCACAGCCAUCGUUCCAGCAUCAACAGCCCCCGAUGGGUUAUCCAAGUCAACCCAGCUUCUCGCCUCCAUAUCAACCGACUUACCCUGGCCAGUCUUACCAUGGCCAGGCUGCUGCACCUCGUCCAUUUGGCACCGUAUCUCCUGCGCCUGGGUUUCCUCAGCAAUCUCCACCCAUGCAUUUGGCACAAGGCGUUCAUUCCCCGGUCGGCAAUGGCAGUUUCCCUGCACCAGUUCGUACUGGCAGUGUAAGUCUACCUAGCGCUCCAGGAUUGCCGCAAAGACCUGCAUUUGGCGCUCCUCCUGUCAAUGCUUUUCAGUUCCAGCAGAUGCAUCAAGGCCAGAUCCCUCCUCCACCAGCGCAUAAUGUUGUGCAUCAGAAUCGCCCACACGAAGCUUCGCCGAGUGCCACUGCACAACAACCGCCGCCCACCAUCCUACCAACCAAUUCCUCUGCUGACGACGGCCAAAAUGCUUCAUCCCUCGACGAUUUGAUUGCGAGUGCCUCGAAGCAUGCGGAUGCCAACGCCGCCGCCGCCGCAGCAGCAGCAGCGCCAUCGGAGCCACAGUCGCAACCGACAGCGUCUGCUCCAGCUAAAGAAGAUGCUACCGAGGAGAAAUCAGAGAAGAAGGACAAGGAGAAACCCAAAACAACCAGGUUGGUGUACUCUGACAACGAAACAAGCCCUGAAGAGAAGAUGGCGAUGAUGCCCAAAUACGCAUUUACUCCUGCCCAGAAAACUAUCAUGGUCUAA